AUUUUACUCAUUUCCACCACCUUAACAGUAGCAAAUGGAAUCUUUCACCACCAGGAAGAGGAAGAUCCUCUCGCCUCAAUCGAGCAGGACCUAGCCCAACUUCAACCGGCAGUUCCAGCAGCAGUUCCAGUGGCAAUUGCCAAACCUCCCUGUCUUCACCAUCACGUCAGGCCUCAGGUGGUAGUACAAAGGGUCCCAAUACCAAUUUUGGUCACCCAUAGAGUUCCCUACCCGGUGGUGCAAAAAGUUCCGGUUCAGGUGCCAGUGCAAAAACUUGUGCCACAGCCUUAUCCAGUAGUCAAGCACGUGCCCGUUCCAGUGCCUCAGCCUUAUCCAGUAGUCAAGCACGUGCCCGUUCCAGUGCCUCAGCCGUAUCCAGUCGUCAAGCACGUUCCAGUGAAAGUUCCACAACCUGUUCCAUACCCGGUCCCAACGCCUGUUCACGUGCCCCAACCGGUGCCCGUUUACAAGGCAGUUCCCGUCUACAAGGCGGUUCCCGUUCCGCAGCCGGUCCCCGUGCCGGUUCCCCAUCCCGUUGAGGUGCACCGCUACGUGCCCUUUGAGGUGCUGAAAACGGUCCGCAUUCCCCAACCUUAUCCGAUUCUGAAACACGUCCCAGUGCCCGUGCCUCAGGCUGUUCCGGUUCCGGUUCCGGCGCCGACUCCGGUCGCAUAUCCGGUCCCGGCUCCCUCAUACGGUCCUCCUGCACCCUCUUCUUAUGGUCCUCCAGCUGCUCCAGUGGCACUUCCGGUUCCUUCAUAUGGCCCACCACCAAUCGCUGCGCCAAUCGCUGCCCCAAUUGCUGCUGCUGCUGCUGCUUUUGGCCCACUGACGGGCAUUUCCGGCCCGGCAAUUGGGCCGCUUUUUGGAUCCGCCGCCGCCGGGAUCGGUAGUUUUGGAGGCUUUGGAGGGGGAUUUCCAGCUGGAGCAGCACUGGCUUCACCAAUUUCCUCCUUUGGGGCUCCCUCUCUUUCAUUUCCCGGUUUUGGGGCAAGUUAUGGAG